UCGCGGGGGCGCGGAGUGCAGGUAAACUUCAUCCGAGAAACCGAUGAAGGCGAUAAGGUGAAUGCGACCACUUGGUUAAGGACGACUGAAAGAAAGAUUGUUCGUGACGCUGUGAUGGAGGAAGUUGCUGAGGGAGCCAUACCCGAAGCAGAGCCCGAGGCUGGGGAACCGGAAAAAGUGUACGAAAAACCUAGGGAAGAGGAACCUACGGACAAGGUCACGGCAGCCAAUAAAAAAUUUAGAUAUCAGAUCCCGAUCCUAACCAUGCCUUAGAUCGAUGACACCCUUAGCAAACUCCUAGGAACCAUGGUGUCGGUAUCAUUCCAGAACAUGAUGCAAGCCAGCCCCAGAUUGCUCAAAGGGCUUAGGGAACUGUUGACUCGCCUGCGAGUAGAAAUAGACGAAAAUCCGAAACCACAAGAAGAGGGAACAGAGGAGGCGGAGGCGCCACGAGGGUUCGCCAACCUUCAGAGGAUUCUAAGAGAUCUGGAGGAUCUGGAAAAGGCCUUCGCAUACAUUCGCCUAAGCCUACCCGACCGAGAAGGUGGCGAAGUUAUGAGGGCACCACCCGGAACGAAACUUAGCUUCCACUCGCUGCCUGUCAGGAAGUUGAAAGUCCACAUCGGGACGCAUCACACCGACGCCUUAGUAGAUGGAGGGGCGGAAAUCACCCUCAUAAGGAGAGACUUCGCCACGAUCAUAGGUUGUACGGUGAACAAAGAAGUUACAGGGAGCAUCCGGGGGGCCGGUGGAGAAAUUCCAUUCGCUGGGUAUGUCAGGAAAUGUGCAGUCAAAGCUGGAAUCAGGGAGUCAAUUUGGUCGUUCCAGCGGAUGACCGUAAUGGAGGAGAUGGACCAUGACAUAAUCCUCGGGAGGCUGUGGUGUGCCAACGUAGAAAUGAUCGGCAUGCACUUGCACGACGGCACGUACAUGGUGGACAUAGAGGACCCAGUGACCGUUCGGGGCGAGCUCCUCCGACUCCUUGGGACAGGAGGAGACCCUCCAACGGAAAAAUUGGCAACAUGGUCACCAACAUUCGAGGAUAGUGCGCGGAAAGGAGCUUUCGCUCAAAUGGAGGGCAUGAGAGAAAGAGUGAAAAUCAUGAUCGAGGAGGCUUUUAGUAAGAAGGAAUGGAUUAAGAUGGGUCUGCCUCACAAGAAAAGAAGGCAAGAAGACGAGGUCUUAGGAGUCAUGGUGGCAGAAAAGGAAUCGGAGGUCGAACUUGGGGCUAGCCUGCCCAAGCCAAAGGAAUGUCGGAAAGAGAGGCCGGAAGUGGCACUUGAAAUUUCGAACCUGCUACAACUCGUUAAGGCUAUCAAGUACCACAAAGUAGAAGUGGAUUCGGCAAUACUUGCAAAAUUUGAGGAAGAGGUCCGAAAGGGCUACUGUCUGAACGGGAAGAUAGUCGGUGUUCAACCCCGUGUCAAGGAGACCGCAAAGCCAGGCCCGACCAUUCAUUUUUUAGGCGAACAAUCCCGCAAGGAAACAUCCGAAAGUACAAACCAGGAGGCAAAAAAGCUAAGCCGGUUUCGAUCUUAUUGGAAACGUCCAAGGAGGAGGCCAUGGAAAAAGAGGAAGAAAUUUUCAGGGUGAUAAGGGAGAGGCGAGCGGUGGAAGGGUAUAGGAUACCGGAUGAGGUGGCAGACACCAUGAAGAUAAGGGUUGAUAAAUUCUUAACGGGGGA